UCUUCGCGUCUUUGGUAAACGAAUCGAAUAGCUCUUCAAUUCCUUCCUCUCGCAGUCCCUCUGGAACUCAUCAACCGUUCAAACCUUCAAAUCGUUCGAUUUCUCUUCAUUGGUUUUCUUCGUUCCUCUGCAAAUCAAAUCCACCGCUAUGCUUCAUCGGAGCUUCAAGCCCGCCAAGUGCAAAACGUCGUUGAAGCUUGCGUCUUCGCGGAUAAAGCUGUUGAAGAACAAGAAGGGAGUGCAAUUGAAGCAGCUCAGGAGAGAAUUGGCUCAAUUGCUCGAGUCUGGGCAGGACCGGACUGCCCGGAUUAGGGUUGAACAUGCAGUUAGGGAGGAGAAGACAAUAGCAGCAUAUGACCUCCUUGAGAUAUACUGUGAACUUAUUGUUGCCCGCUUGCCAAUCAUUGAGUCACAGAAACACUGCCCCAUUGAUUUGAAGGAAGCAAUUGCAAGUGUAAUAUUCGCAUCUCCAAGAUGUGCAGACAUACCAGAGCUCCAGGAUAUUUGUAAGCAGUUUACAGCAAAAUAUGGAAAAGAAUUCAUUUCUGCAGCUAUAGAGCUGCGGCCAGAUUGUGGUGUGGGUCGUAUGCUAGUGGAGAAGUUAUCUGCCAAAGCACCUGAUGGACAGACAAAAAUCAAGAUCUUAAGUGCAAUUGCUGAAGAACAUAACGUCAAAUGGGAUCCUGAAUCAUUUGAAGAGAAUGAAUUAAAGAUUCAUGGCGACUUGUUGAAUGGGCCAAAUACUUUUGAGAUGGCUGGUAAGAUGCGUACAGAACAUCCAAUUGUCCAAACUCCACCUUCUCAUGUCCAGCCUUUUCCAGGUCAUGACCAAAAACACAACGCACAUGCAAAUUUUGAGCAUAAUGCAGGGCCAUCAAGUUCCUCGAAUUUUUCUUCCACAGAUAUUGGCAGUGGUCAACCAACUAUACCUGCUAAUUUUCAUCCUCGAAUGAAUCCUUCAGUAACUGGAUCUGAGACGACAGAAGUGAGGCAUUCACAUUCUGGAGAUGAGAAUGUUUUCUCAUUUGGUAGGGAGAAUUGGAAUAUGGAAUUUAAGGAUGCAACUGCUGCUGCGCAGGCAGCUGCUGAGUCUGCAGAACGAGCAAGUAUGGCUGCUAGAGCUGCUGCCAAACUUUCAAGCCGUACAGAAAUCAGCAGGCAAAAUUCUACUGAAUCUCAGAAGUCAGGUCAUUACAAUUUAAGAGAUGAAGGGCCUAGAAAAAAUACUGCCUCAAAGUUGCCGUCUAAAAAGUAUGCCAAAGAUUCAGGAUCUAACUUCCAAGAUAGAAAUCCCCAUAUUCCGAAUGCCGAAGUAGAUAAAAAUGAGCAAGAUAACUCAGUGGUUGCUGGUCGAAGGUUUGACGGGGAUGUUCAUGGUAGUACAAAUAGAUCCAGCCAGUCAGCUUCUUUGAGGUCCAGCACUACAGUUUAUGAUAACGAAUUUGUGAAUGAUCUCCAGAGUGCAGAAAUAUAUCCACCAAACAACUCUUCUGAAGAGGAGCUGGUGAAAACAAAGAUGAAUUCUUUCCAUUCUGAAAUGAGUAUGAACCAGUUUAGUGGGUCUAACGUUGAAUUUGUGACUGCCCAACAAAGUGGCUUGCAAUACGACAACUUUGAUUCAUUUGGAGAACAAAGGAUCAAUAAGAAUGCCAGCAGUGUUUUCUCCCAUACUGAUGCUUCAUCGUCUAACCGUCAGAAGUUUGGGACUGAUGCAGCUGAGGACUUAUUUGUCGGCAUUGCCCAAGGAAACAUUCAUAGAAGUACAACAACAGAAAGCUAUGGGUCUGAUGUUGAAUUUGUGACUGCCCAACAAAGUGGCUUGCAAUACGACAACUUUGAUUCAUUUGGAGAACAAAGGAUCAAUAAGAAUGCCAGCAGUGUUUCCUCCCAUAUUGAUGUUUCAUCUUCUAAUCGUCAGAAGCUUGGGACUGAUGCAGCUGAGGACUUAUUUGUCGGCAUUGCCCCAGGAAAUAUUCAUAGAAGUACAGCAACAGAAAGCUCUUCUAAUAAUGCUGAAGCAGUCUUUGAUGAUUAUAGUUCAGAUGAUGAUGUGAUUGUGUUUGAUGAACCACCUAAGCACGAAUGGCAGGAGUCCAAGUUGUAUUCCCCAUCAGCAGGCAGAGAAUCACAUGCCCAUCUUUCAGUAAAUUCAGACACUUCAAGCUCGAGGCAGAAUUUCAUUGGACUUGAAAAACCUCUAUCGGGGUCACAUGUUUCUGAAGAAUGGCACUCACCGCCUGUGUUUGAUGAAAGCUCGACAAAAUCUGUCCACCCUUCACAACCAGAUGAUUUGUUGCCUCCAUCUUAUGAUGAUUAUGAAAACCCUAGUUCAGAAAGUGAAAAUGAGUCGAACAAGUCUAGAGUUGAUGGCAGCUCAGUUACUAGUAUUCAUUCUCAUGAAGAGAAUGUUUUCUUCAGAAAUUCAUAUAAGGAUCAGAGCAAGAGUCGCAAUCCAACUGGAUCCUUCCUAGAAAGGCGUGAUUCAGGAUUUAACAGAAACCAAGAAUUGCACAAUUCUAGUGACGAUAAUGAGUUGGUUGAGGGAAGGGCUAAGAAGAACCAAGGAACAGAAUUUAGUGUUUUUGAUAAGGCUCCCUCCCACCAAUCAUCAUCGAGGCAUUCAAGAUCCCAAAUGUCUUCGAAUGGCAUAACCAGUCAACCUCUGUACGAUUCAGGAUAUAACAGAGACCAAGAGUUGCACAAUUCUCUUGACGAUGAGGAGUUGAUUGAGGCAAGGGCUAAGAACAACGGAGGAACAGAGUUUAGUGUCUUUGAUAAGGUGCCCUCCCGUCAGUCUUCAUCCAGGCAUGCAAGAUCGCAAAUCGCUUCAAAUGACGUAACCAGCCAACUAUUGCACGAUUAUCAGCCGCCUCCACAGUCAUCUAGGCUUUCAUUGGCUAGUGAAAUUGAUGCUUCGGGCAACGGCCAUUUCCCGGAGUCAUCUGAUAUCUUGAAAGCUGAUGAGUCCUUUGAUCAAUCAAGUCUGGAAAGUGGGCAGGGUUUGAACUUUGGAAUGUUAUCAGGUGGCCUCCGAAAUAAGGGUUAUAGACUUCCACCGUAUACUAAAACUCCAUCUGCCGCUGCUUCAUCAAAAAAAGCCGCUGAGAAUGCUGCGAGUGCCCCCCCUGAGGACUUCUCUGCUCCUCAGACAGUCAAGAGUGCUCUUAAUUCUGGAAUCAGCACAAAAGAGGAAAGCAAGCCAAGAUUGAGAACCCCAGUUUCAGAUGAUUUGGAUACCGAUGAUUCUGAAGAAGAAAUCCUAAAGCAGAAACCACGAAGCAGGCGAGAACAGUACGGCGCGAAAGAAAGAAACGAAAUGAAUACCAAAUCUAGUAUAAGAGCACCUCCCCCAUCUACAUUUUUGGACUCUCGUGACAAUGAUUCAGAGGAUGAUUUCCCCAAACAAACUUUCACAAGCACAGGCCGUGCAAAGGGCGGGUUUUCUCGGAGGACAAAAGCUACUCCUAGUUCCGGAACAAGUUCUUAUUCAAAGGCUUCAUCAGCAGGUAUCGAAAAGGUACCCUCAAAUAGUUUUACUCGAUCAGAAACUGCCCCAAAACCCCAGUCCCAAACAGAGAGCUCACGCCUUCACCGGGGAAGCUCAACCGAUUCAGGUGCAGCAAAGCAAGCAACUUCUAAGCCAAUGCCAGAACCCAUCAUGGCCACUCACAAGGAAAACCGAAACUCGCCAGCAACAGAACAGCCAUCCACUGCUGCUCUCAAGACAUCAGACAGCACUGGAGGCCCAAAGCAAUCGACUUCAACCGGGCAUGCUCCAUCCAGGGAGAGCUCUCUUAACAAAGCCAGUCAUGUUCACCCAAAGCUCCCUGAUUAUGACACCAUAGCUGCCCAGCUUCAGUCUCUUCGAUUGAAUCGUCAAUGAAUACUGGGAGUGACCCUCUUCACAGAGUGAGUUCUUCUAAACUGGAUCCAGGAUGAUGAAAUAGAGAUUUGCAGCAUGCAUAUAUAAUCAGCUUUCGGUUCAGCUUUGUUUUGUUUAGCUUGUACAUUCAGAUUACAUUUUAUUCAAUAUUCACCGUAAUAGAAUAAUUGGUGUCACCUACGGGAGAGAUUAUGUCUAAGGUGGUUUGUAUUUAUUUGGUCCUUUCUUUUAUUUAUAAAUUAAAUUAUAUCCAGUCAUUUUUUUUUUUUUUGUAAAAUAAAACGAUUACACUGCAUGAAGAUUGGUAUUCUAUUCUUGUCCCAGUCUUCUCUCU